UGUGACAGGAUGGCUGAUCAACAUCAGGACUUCAGUAUGACAGAGGAUCAUUUGGUGAGCCAAGCUAGGUGGAAUCCGUCAGGCACUCCCCUCCAUAUACCAGUUGAUGAUGGAUCUGAUGAACCAGGGUCUGAAGCUUCUGAUGCUAAGAGUACCCCAACUGUGGAAGCUGAGGAAGCAGGCAUAGUUUGUACUCCUAACCAUGAAGACCAUGCUUCGGGGGAUGCUCAAGCUCACAUUGACAGCAGAGAUAAAAAUGAAAUUGGGACUGAAGAACCAAAACCGAAGGGUCCAGAUAUGAAAAGUGCAUCGAAGAUAGCAGCCCCACGCGCUGCUGUGGCACAGAAUCAGAAGAGCCCGGCCAGUGUGUCUCGGAUCCCUUCAAAAACUCCCACUGUUCCUAAGACACCACCGAGCCUCACUGCUAAGAAGGAGCAGAGAAGGCCCCCUAGCACAGCAGCAAAAUCUGAGAGAGGUGAGCCAACCAAGUCUGGAGAAAGAAGUGGGUACAGCAGUCCUGGAUCUCCAGGAACCCCCGGCAGUCGCUCUCGCACACCUUCCUUGCCAACUCCACCAAACAGGGAGCCCAAGAAGGUUGCAGUGGUUCGUACACCACCAAAAUCUCCUUCUUCUGCCAAGAGCCGCUUGCAGACAGCUCCGGUCCCCAUGCCAGACCUGAAGAAUAUCAAGUCCAAAAUUGGUUCUACUGAGAACUUAAAGCAUCAACCUGGGGGUGGAAAGGUGCAGGUGGUUAAUAAGAAGCUGAACUUUAGCCAUGUCCAAUCCAGGUGUGGAUCAAAGGAUAAUGUCAAACAUAUCCCAGGAGGAGGCAGUAUACAAAUUGUAUACAAACCAGUGGAUCUUAGCCAUGUAACGUCCAAAUGUGGAUCUCUGGAUAACAUUCAUCACAAACCAGGUGGUGGAGUGGUAGAGAUGAAAUCUGAGAAACUGGAUUUCAAAGAUAAAGUGCAAUCAAAAAUUGGGUCAUUAGAUAACAUCACCCAUGUUCCUGGAGGUGGAAAUAAGAAGAUUGAGAGUCACAAAUUGACCUUUCGUGAGAACGCCAAAGCCAAGACUGAUCAUGGAGCUGAAAUUGUCUACAAAUCACCCACUGUUUCUGGAGAUGCUUCUCCACGCCGCCUUAGCAAUGUCUCUUCGACUGGAAGCAUCAACAUGGUGGACUCCCCUCAACUGGCCACAUUGGCCGAUGAAGUUUCUGCUUCCCUGGCCAAGCAAGGCUUGUGAUUGUAUUGUAGUGAUUGGAGACAAUAACAGAAAAAUUAACUCUGGCCUUUCUUUCUGUUCACCCCCCCAUCCCAUCUUCAUCCCCCAUCAUUCCUAUUUAUUUUAAGUUAAUAACUCUUUUAUCUGUUCCUCUCCUUCCUCCAGUUAAACAGUCAUCGGUGGUCUCAGGAUUUCAUAAUUGUUAACAACUUGGAAGCAAAGAUUUCCAUCCUGUGUGGAAUAAGCUGUUUAAAAAGUCUCCCUUCACCUCACCCCAAACAAAAAGAAAUGUAAUUGAACAGAGAUAAACUUGUGAUGUUUGAAAUCUCAAACUUGAGGAUGUAACAUGGUAUCUUCUGCUGUACAUGCUCAUUUUGGCCAAGUUUUUUUCCAUUGAAAUUUAAAGCAUAGAAGCCUUGUGACCACCUUAAACAAUCAUGGCUGCUGAUUUAGUAUCGAAGUUACUGCAGGUCCAUAGAUUUCCAGUGUACAAGCUGACCUUCAAACUUCUCUCCUGCUAGAGCUGGAAUGCUAGGCUUUAAUAUUUGAAGCAUAUUUCUUCCUUUGAAGGAGAAAUUUUGAUAUAGGAAAGAGAGCUUUUGAAAGGACUGUUACAUUACAUACGUAUCCAUUCUUUUUUGGUACUGAGAAUUUUUGUGAACCAGGUUUAAAAGUUAAACAUAUAACUAAACUGCAUGCUUUGGAUAAUUAAGACAUAAGCCAAAACUGCCUUGAAAGCCUGCAGAAUGCCAGUUCUCUUUAUUUUAAUGGAAAUGAUAUAUUUUAAAGGCAAUAGCUUAUCCAUUUUUUGUCUGUACCUAAAAUCAACCUUUGACUUUAGAUUGUAGUCUACCUACUAAAAUAAUUGGACUUGAUUUCUUAUAUGCUAGGUUUUUAAUUUUAAUGGACCGGUUACAUUCUUUUUUCUCUUUUUCAAACAGUAACUAUUGCCUCUCUUCCACCCACUUCACCUUCAAGCUCCAUGAUUUUGUCACACCAUAAAAACUUGUCCAGAGUUGCUAGGGAAGAAGCAGAUUUGACUUUGUGUUCAGCCCAAUUGGCCUGGUUGCUCUAAUGUUUUUUGUAAAUGUAGAAAUUUGUGAGAUAGAGGUAUGGCUCUAGGCAUAUUUAAAAA